ACAACUCAAUCAACUAUCAAGCUCUAUUUUUGUUCCGAAUAAAAAUGUUUAAGCUUUUGGUUAUUGCUGCAGUUGUGGCUUGCGCUGUUGCUCGCCCUCAAGACCACCACGCUACUUCAUAUGCCUCUGUGAGUAAUCAUGUUGUUCAUGAUUAUCAUCAUGGAGGUGAAGGAUUAGGACAGGCCCAGGAAGGUGGACAUCAUGGUCAUCAUGAAGAACACUACCCACAUCAUCAUCCCAAGUAUGAAUUCAAAUAUGGCGUCGAAGACAAACACACCCAUGAUAUCAAGUCACAACAUGAGGAACGUGAUGGUGAUGUUGUCAAGGGAUACUACACAUUGGUCCAACCCGAUGGUAGGACCCGCACUGUUCAUUACACUGCUGAUAAACACAAUGGAUUCAACGCUGAUGUGAAAUACUCUGGACAUGCUGAUCACCCACAGGUCCAUCAUCAUUAAACCCUUUUUUGCUAUAG